UCGAUGAUCUUGCUUUUGAUGAUGAAUGUGAUAGUAUGCAACGACAUCAUUUACCAACGAUGACAGAUAUGCUUAUUGCAUUUCCUUCACAAAAAGGUAAAGCUUCUUAUUCCAUUUUAUUGAUUAAACUAAACAAUUUGAAUAUAGACUACGGCUUUUCGAAAACCACACGUUGGUAGUUGGUAUAAAAAUGUUCUUGUUGAUGUAUUAGCACGGCAUGCUAAAGAUACAGAUCUUUGUUCAAUGCUCAAUAUGGUUAACGGUUGUGUAUCACGCGAAGUAAAAAAUAAAGGAAAAAAACAAACUGCGGAAUAUAAAUCAUCAUUUACAAAAAAAGGAUUUUACUUUUAUCCUGGUUUAACGAGGAAUCCAAUGGCGCCCAUAGAUUAUUGUAUCUGA